UCAGAAUCAAAUGGAAAUUGUUUGAAUGAAAAUGUUUUGUUUAGUAUGAGAAAAUUGCUCAGGAUUUAUGCUAAAUGGGGUUUUGUGAAGAUAACCUUUCUUUGAACCAAAUUCCUGGAUUUAAGUUUGUCCUGAGAAUUUAUGUAAGGAGAGAUAACGGGAGAGACUCCAGAUUUCACAGGUAUCUGUGAAAUCUUAUCUCAUGUUUUUCUUUGCCCAAAUGACUGUAGAACCCAGGAGGCCAGGACGCAGCUGUUGGCUCUUUUGUUCUACCAGAGAGCAAAUGGCCUUUGAUCUUUGGCGUAAAUUAGGGGGAGUUUCUAAGUUUCUCUGAGUGUCCAAGGUAGCUUCCAGUUGGUCAACCAGAGGUACGCCUUAAUUGAAUAUAUUAAAAAGGAAAGACACACCUUCAGUAUAAGACUUUGUGCACAGGAGUAAAAAUUCAGAGAGCUGCCACUAUUUUGCUUUUUUUGCAUCAGCUCUCUCCAAAGACGCAUCUUUGUCUUUGUUUGUCUGUCUUGUCUGUCUUUGUCUGUAUAAGGUAAUGAAUGUAUAUCUCUGUUCCUCUGCAGUUUUGUUGUUGAUUCAUACGUUGCUUUGUAUGGGAUUAAACUCUGUGACUCUGUGACGUCAACGCGCAGUGUUGUUUCCUUGUGGCUGCACGUCGCCCGCUGAGAGUACCUGGGAUCUAGAGGAAGAGAGAGCCAAACUAUUUUCCAAAGUUAAUUUAUAAAUAUUCUUCCUUAAUAAGACCAGGGGGAGAGAGUAAGUCAGCUGAGUGAAUGAGUGAGCCCAGGGACAGAGAGUAGAAGGCUGGAGAGAGAAUAACAGCAAGUGAGCAGAGAGCGAGGCAGAAUACAGCUGGAUGCGGCUCGUACGCGGACGUGCUUCCGUCUCUCACAUCCCUUCUCUCUCUGUCAUGUAGUGUGACGAGAUGAUGAGGGGAAACACAGUUUGCUUCUGUCCACAAAGGGUUUGAAGUGAAGGACAUCAAGAAAAAUAAAGAAAAAGAGGAUAAGAAGAAAGCAACCAACAUCCCCAGUGAAGGAUUUUCCCUUUUUGUUUGCAGCCAGACUAUGAGGCUGUGAGUUCGGGUCCUUGUCCCGCUUGCAGAGUUCUUCUUCUUCACCACCUGACACCAUGCCACUGAGGGACAGAUGGAGGAGUGGAGGCAGCUGCCUCUGGAUGCUGCUGCUCCUGCCCAGGCUCUGCUGUCUGGUUCUGGCACAGGGCUCCACGCUGAGCCCAGAGGACAGUCGGUCCAUCACUGCCGCGAUGCUGCCGGAGGACUGGACCAACACCAUGGUGCCACUGCAGCCGGACCUGCAGACCGUAGCCCAAACGCCCACAGAGGAGCCGGCGGAGGCGCCGACGGAAGACCAGACGGAGGCGCCGACGGAGAUGCAGACUCAGGUCUUCACCAACAACUACACAGAUUUUCUCACCUACAGAAGGAUUUGCUGAGUGCCUUGAAAUCCGAUCAGGUAGAUGUACAAUAGCCACACCGUCUUAGUGUCAUCUGACACUGGACAACGAUGAGAUGUGAAACCAACUCUACCGGACCAAGGCGGAGCAACA